AUGGCGCUAAUGGAGGGAUGCCAGACCCAAGUGGCUAAGGCCCGGCUGCAGAGCCAAGUUGGCAUUUCCAGAUUGGGGCUCGGGCCGCACCCUCUCCAGGACCCUCCCCUUCCAUCCGUGGCAGAUUAUGAAGCAUGAAUCAUUACUUUUGGGAUGUGGAUAUAUUCAGUUAACAAGGAGCAGCUUGCAAGAGCUGGAUUUUAUGCUUUAGGUGAAGGUGAUAAAGUAAAGUGCUUUCACUGUGGAGGGGGACUAACUGAUUGGAAGCCCAGUGAAGACCCUUGGGAACAACAUGAUAAAUGGCAUCCAGGGUGUAAAUAUCUGUUAGAACAGAAGACACGAAAAUAUAUAAACAAUAUUCAUUUAUCCCAUUCACUUGAGGAGUGUCUGGUAAGAACUGCUGAAAAAACACCAUCACUAACUAGAAAAAUUGAUACCAUCUUCCAUAAUCCUAUGAUACAAGAAGCUAUAUGAAUGGGGUUCAGUUUCAAGGACAUUAAGAAAAUAAUGGAGGAAAAAAUUCAGACAUCUGGGAGCAACUAUAAAUCACUUGAGGUUCUGAUUGCAGAUCUAGUGAAGGCUCAGAAAGACAGUACACAAGACAAAUCAAGUCAGACUUCAUUGCAGAAAGAGAUUAGUACUGAAGAGCAGCUAAGACACCUGCAAGAGGAGAAGCUUUGCAAAAUCUAUAUGGAUAGAAAUAUUGCUGUCGUUUUUACUCCUUGUGGACAUCCAGUCACUCGUAAACAAUGUGCUGAAGCGGUUGACAAAUGUCUCAAGUGGUACGCAGUCAUUACUUUCAAGCAAAAUUUUUAUGUCUUAAUCUAACGCUAUAGUAGGCAUGUUAU